AUGAACCAGCCAGGGCAGUACGGUACCGCCCCGAGACGAACUAAUACCUUUAGCUCUCAACACUCCCAGCACGACGAACUCCAUAUUUCUCCCACCAUGAGCCACAGCGGCCAAAUCUCCCCUCGAGAAUUCAACACCACUUCCGGCGGUCCGCACAUCAAGCUCGAACAACCCGUAUCGCAAUCAGUCAAUUCUCAAUACCAAAACUCGGGCGUGCCUAACGUACUUCAGCCUGGAGGACUAGGUCCUGGUCGCCCUCCCGCUUUGAGUGCUAAUACCGCACCGACUCUUCCCACCAUGUCGGGCGCCAUACAGCACUCCCCAAGCGAGUAUGCUUCACCCUCCAAGCCCCCGGCUCUGAGCAUGUCGCAUAGCUACUCUCGCUCUAGCCCUGCCGCUCCUUACGAAACACCUUCUACCUCUUACUCUCCUUACACUCCUACAACACCCGGAGGAUCUGCGGCUGGCCCCUCUCAAUAUAUCUCGCCACAAGAUACCAAAUAUGGCGCUCCAGGUUCCCAGCGAAAUAUUUCCAACACUCCGCUAGGUCUAGCGGAUAUUAGGCCGCGCGCCGACUCAAGUUUGUCUGAUGGCCCGCCCGGCACUUUGGGAUACGACCUCGCCAAUGUCCAACCAUCUACCAGCAAUUACAUGGCUCCUUGGGCACUCUACGCUUUCGAUUGGUGCAAGUGGGCUCCCCAGGGUAGGGGAGCCGGCAAGUUGGCCAUUGGAAGCUAUCUAGAAGAUGGACACAACUUUAUACAAAUUCUCGACACUCAAGUUGCUAGCGCCCCUUCUGAUGUAUAUGUCCCUGGGUCGUCCAAAUAUAGCAUGGAGUUCACCAAAGUUGCAGAAGCAACGCAUUCAUACCCCGUCACGCGCCUUUUGUGGGAGCCCCCAUCUUCUCAGAAACAGACUACUGACCUUCUGGCCACCUCUGGUGAUCAUCUGCGACUUUGGUCUCUGCCGUCCGACGCCCCAUCGGCGCAUUCAAACAAUAUUAACAAGUCUGGUUUGGGCGCACCCAUAACAAAGCUCACGCCAUUGGCACUACUUUCCAAUUCGAAGACGCCUGAUCAUACCGCACCUCUGACAUCGUUGGAUUGGAACACUGUCUCACCGAGUCUCAUCAUUACGUCAAGCAUUGACACGACCUGCACAAUAUGGGAUAUUCCGUCCCUGACUGCCAAGACGCAGUUGAUUGCGCACGACAAGGAAGUCUACGAUGUUCGAUUUUGUGCCAAUAGUGUGGACGUAUUCGUCAGCUGUGGACAAGACGGCAGUGUGCGCAUGUUCGACCUUCGUAGCCUGGAGCAUAGCACUAUUAUCUAUGAACCAACCGCCAAGGACGACCGGGAUGUGAAUGGUGGAAGAAUGAGCCCAACGCUAGCACAGCAAACUAUGUCGCACGCGCCACCGUUGUUAAGAUUGGCUACUUCGCCCCACGAUACUCACCUGCUAGCCACGUUCGCACAAGACUCAAACGUCAUUCGCAUACUCGACGUGCGGCAACCAGGACAGGCGCUAUUGGAAUUACGAGGCCACGGUGGGUCCCUCAACUCGGUUGAAUGGUCGCCUGGGAGGAGAGGAUUACUUGCCUCAGGGGGUGAUGACUGCCAGGUUCUGCUGUGGGAUCUCAUGAACAGCACCCCUAGCACAGGUUCCUCUUCCAAUGGUGCUGGAUCGACUGAGAAGCAUCUAACCCCAGUCGCAAGUUGGCAAUGCGAUUAUGAAGUUGGUAACCUGGGCUGGGCUCCUCCUCUCCAUAACAGCGAUGGUGCUGGCGACUGGCUAGGCGUCAGCGGCGGGCGUGGGGUUUGGGGUGUGAAGGUGUGA